AUGACCGUUGCAUCGAAAUCUCGUGUGAUAUUCCUAAUCAGCUCAUCAUUGUUGGCUCUGAUUUCGGUAGCGAUCAUAACUGCCUGUUUAUUCUCCGUCAGCUUUCGAUAUAUCACCGAUCAUGAGCACUUGAAAGGUACACGGUUCUACGGGUUGAUACGAUACUGUUUCGAGUCGGAAUACUACAGGUUUGGUACAGAUGAUUCCAAUGCGGAUGUUUGCUACUUGCGAACACCUGCACCAUCCCAUGCCACUAAGAUAGAAUACAAGACACAUUUUGGAGAUUUCGAAUUGGCUACGUUAAUUCUGCUGUCAUGUGCAAUAGCGAGCAGUCUGUUGGCAAUUUGCUUUGCCAUUUGCACGAUCUUCACUCCAUUUGGAGCACUCGCUCACUGCGUCAUGCUGCUCACUGCAACGAUUUGUUCACUUUCCGCUUUCAUCAUCUACACCUAUUUCAACGAACUGAAGGAUAAUCAGAACGAAACCCUGAAUGGAAAUAUUACUCGGUACCACUUCGGCUGGGCGUACUAUUGGUGCGGAGGUGCAGCCGCCUGUCUAUCAGCUGCAUUCAUCUGCAGUCUAUUCGCUUCAACUUGUGUGUUGUUGCACAAGCAACAGAAGAACAAAGUCGACACCAUCGUUCUGUGA